AUGAGUACUAAUAACACAACGACCAGUAAUCUCGUAUCAUCUAUUGUCCAUGCAACGUCAUUGAUCAAUUUUUAUGCGGCAUUUCCCUUUCUAUUCUUCGGCACGAUUGGUAAUCUAUUGACGGUUAUUGUCUUCUCUCGAAAAACAUUACGUGGAAAUCCGUGCGUUGUCUAUCUAUUAGCAACCACGAUUCCCUGUACAUUGGCAUUAUACUUUGCUUAUAUAGUGAAAAUUAGUCAAUAUUUAGGUUUUGACUUGACAACAAUAUCGGCAUUUUGUAAAAUGCGUACGUACAUGAUUGAUCCGUCACAAUUCACUUCUUCGUGGUUUAUGGUAUUAGCUUGUAUUGACCGAUAUGCAUCAAGCAGUGAACAUGUUCGUGUAAGGAAUUUCAGUCGAUUAUCGGUGGCUUAUCGUCUAAUACUAGUUAUUACUUUGAUUGGAUGUUGCAUUUACACCUAUAUAUUCCAAUGUUACGAUUCUCAUGUACCUAAUUCACCGAUUGUAUGUUAUAUCCGCACCAAUACCAUAUUUCCUUGUUACAUAUUUGACAGUGUCAUAUUUUUGACAUUGUUCAGUACAAUACCACCUGUUUGUAUGACGGUUUUUGGUGUAUUGACAUUUCUGAAUAUUCGCAAAAUGCGUUAUCGUCAAACUGGGCCGUUACCAUCAGUCGUCACCGGCGUUAAUCGACCAAAGACACGUAUGCAACAACUUGAUAUGAAAUUAGUUACAAUGUUAUUUGCACAAGUACUCAUGUUGAUUUUGUCAACAAUGCCAUUGUCAAUUUACAAAGUCUAUUCGACAUUCACAGUAAAUUUUAUCAAGAGUGACAUGAGACGAGCCAUUGAGAAUCUUCUAUUUCAGAUGGCUCUCACAUUGAGUAAUCUCAAUAAUGUUACGAUAUUCUAUUUGUAUUUAUUGAGUGGAUCCGUUUUCCGAAAAGAACUCAUGCAACUGUUUAGUCGAUAA